GUCACGUGACCGCCUCUGACUCCCAAACCAUCAUCUGAGGAAUAACGGGACAUAUUUGUCCGAACAGCGGCCUGUUAGGCGCUUCCCACCGGACGUCUUUUAACGCGGAUAAAACCAUAGGAUGCUGUUUAAACGGGCGGAAGGAUUUUAACAACAAUCUCGGACUGAACGGGAGUUUGGGCUUUAAGGCAGCAGAGACAGACGUUUGAGCUCCUGUUUGCAAGUGAAGGAGACCACCGAGCAGCAAUCAUGGCCGAAAACAACUUCCCUCCCCUGCCACGGUUCAUCCCCCUCAAGCCAUGCUUCUACCAAGACUUCAAUGAAAUCCCAGACCAGCGACGCACCAUGUGCAAGAGGCUCUACUACCUCUGGCUCUUGAACACUGCCACGCUCGCUGUGAAUCUCAUCGGCUGCCUGGCGUGGAUGUGUGGAGGUGGAGGAGCCAUUAACUUCGGCCUGGCCUUCCUCUGGCUCAUCCUCUUCACUCCUUGUUCCUAUGUUUGCUGGUUUAGACCCAUCUAUAAGGCGUUUAAGACGGACAGCUCCUUCAACUUCAUGGCUUUCUUCUUCGUCUUCAUGGCUCAGGUGUUGAUCAGUAUUAUCCAAACUGUGGGCAUUCCUGGCUGGGGCGUCUGCGGCUGGUUUGCCACCAUCACCUUCUUCAGCACCAACCUCGGCUCAGCUGUGGUCAUGCUGAUCCCCACCAUCAUGUUCACCGCGGUGGCCGUGCUCUCCUUCGUCGCCCUUUCAAAGGUUCAUAACUUCUACCGUGGCAGCGGUGGCAGCCUGGGUAAAGCCCAGGAGGAGUGGGCCACGGGGGCCUGGAAGAACCCGCACGUCCAGCAAGCAGCUCAGCAGGCGGCGAUGGGAGCUGCACAGGGAGCCAUGCAGCAGAACCAGUACUCAGCGGCCCCCACCUACAACUACGACGACCCUAUGUAGAACAGACGAGGGGGGGUCUGACAGCAGAGAGCUAAAAAGGGAUCAAUUAACAAACACAACUCAGAAUUAGGUGCCCUUCAUUUCACCACAGAUGAAAUUAAAACAAUAAAAGUUAGGGAGGUGGAAGUGUACUUAGAAUAAAAUUUGACACAUUGGAUUAAAUAACCAGAUUAGUCACACUUCUGUCAACAAACCCUAAAGACAAACAUGUUUUGCUGCAUAAUUUUAGUUGUCCAGUGUGGGUUUAUAUCAAAUAUCCAUAUUUUAUGCCCAAAAUAAUAAUAAUAAUUAAUUAAUAAUAAUCUCCUGAGCUUCGUCUUCUUCAAGUUCGUUCCUGCAUCAACGUCACCAAGCUACGCUUUGUUUUGACGCAUUCAACCUCUUAUUUUAAUAACGCGCAGCUACAUAAGUGUUUAUUCUUUGUAGCUUCGACGCUAACAAAAUGUUAACACAUUUGUCCGUUUUUGGUAGACAAUUCAGCGAGCAGGUCACUCAUGAAAAAUGUCAAGGAAACCUUUAAGAAAAACUUCUCCCUCUAGAAGUAAGUUGACAUUUCUCAAAAUAUUUUUUAUUUAUUAUUUUGGCAAAAGUUAAACGCUUCCACUAGCAGCUAGCUAGCUUAGCUUAGGACAAAGACAAGUAAAAGCUUGUUGGGUUUUGUUCACAUGCAACAAAAACACGACAGCCCUCAUUCUGUGACUUGUUUCUUUCCUGAAAAGUCUUUAAAGGCAGAUUUAUACCUUUUUUGUGUUAAAGGACUUUCCUUUGUUUCAAGUGCUAAGCUAAGUUGCUAGCAAUAGCUUCAUAUUUAUCCUAUAGUUGAGAUAAAUAUUGUGACUAUGACCACUUGUUAAUCUUUAGAGAACGUUUAAAGUUUGAGAUGUUUUUUUUUUUACUAUAACCUUCAUAUUUACUAUCAUUUGUAAAGAAAAUACAGUUUGUUUGGUGACCUGUUUAGUUAGUUUAAUCUGAUGAUGUUUCAGUUCCACUCUGUGUUCGUUAUAUCAGUGAUUCCCAACCCUGGUCCUCGAGGAACACUAUCCUGCAUGUUUAAGUUUUUCCCCUGCUCCAACACACCUGAUUCAGUGAUUUGAUUACUUUCUCAAGUUCUGCAGGAGCCUGUAAAUCACCCAUUUAUUCAAAUCAGGUGAGUCAAAGC